AUGGGCAAAGCCGAGACGACGAUGAGCAAGCAAGUGCCAUGGGCGUACCUGCGUAAGGGCGAAUGGACCAUCUUGGCCGAAGCCGACUGCGCGGCGCUCGAAGCGUGCAAGGACUACGCGCCCGUGGUCGUCGACAACGGUCGCCUCGAGGUGUCUGUGCCCGACCGCACGCUGCGCGCGCUGUACUGGGACGAACCACCGUGCCCUGUCGUUCGCUCCGAUUGGAUUUUUGAGGCGACGAAUGGCAAGUUCAUUCCGCUGCCCGAAGCCGAGGCCAUGGAGAUCAACAACUUGUGGGCGAUGCUGCCGACGUCGGAGACGCACACGUUCUCGGUGUCGGUCGUCGACCACAUGGGCGGUAUCGCGACCAAGACCGGCAGCACCAAGGCGAUUGCUGCCACCAAGCUCAACGAGCUCUUCGCCAAGUGCUCGCCCACAGGUCAGUUUCGCUGCAAGGCGCUGCACCACGGCUUCCACGCGUGGCCGCGUCUUCGCUCGCACGUCGACCACCUCGUCUUUGUCGUGCAUGGCAUUGGCGAGACGUACUGCAAGAAGCGGCUGGCGCAUGGCACGAUCAUUGACCAGUCGCUCGUGCUGCGCCAGAGCUCCGAGACGCUUCUGAGUUCGCACUUUCCGGCAGCGGAGAACCGCAGCAUCGAGUACCUCCCGGUCGACUGGUCGGAUGUGCUUGGCGAUAUGGGCGACGAUGUGCAUGCGCUCUUGAAUCGCAUCGCGCUCGACUCGAUGCCGUUUGUGCGUCAGCUCACGAACGAGCUCCUCUCCGACAUCCUCCUCUACAUGGCGCGUCAAGACAGUGUUCUCUCGUUCGUCACCAAGUACAUGAACGCCCGCUACACUCUGUACAAGGAGAACCACCCUGACUUUUCGGGCCGCGUCUCCAUCAUGGGCCACUCACUCGGAAGCAUCAUCACCUACGAUUUGCUCGCCAAGCAAGGCGACUCGUGCGACCCCGACUUCGCGCUCGCGUUUUCCCCGUACGCAUUUUUUGCCUUUGGCUCGCCGAUCGGGCUGUUCCUGACGCUGCGCGGCAACGUGCACGGCAUGGAUCUCGCUCUGCCGACGUGCGAGCUCAUGUACAACGUCUUCCAUCCGGCCGACCCCGUCGCGUACCGCUUGGAGCCGCUCAUUCACAAGGACGCGGCGAUUGCGGCGCCCGUGCGCAUUAACACCGCGUCGGGCUGGCGGCGCAUCCACCACGUCGUGCAAGACAUGGCCGACUCGUUCGAGUCGAGUCAGAAAAAGUUUGCGCAGACCAUGGAGCAGACGUUCAAGGCCUUUUUGCCUAAGGACGCAUCGCCGGCCAUCGAGCCGAGCGCUGCGAUCGACGUGACAGCCGACGCCAACGCGCUGCAGAAGGCCGUCUUGAGUCGUUUGAACCCCAAGACGACGCGCCUCGACUACGUGCUGCCUGAGUCGGAGAUGGAGGCGCUGACGCCGCUUGCCGCGCUCACGGCCCACACGGGGUACUGGUCGACGACCGAGUUUAUCUUGUUUGUGCUCACGCAGCUGCUCGGAGACCCCGUCGAUGCCGCGCAACAAUAA